CGAGUGAUCACGAGUGACUCUGUUCGUGUCUGUUUCUGGAGGGAGGGAGGGAGGGAGAGAGAGAGAGAUAGAGAGAUUUUCAUCCAAAUCCAUAUCUAUUUUUUAAUCCUCGUCUGUGCGUAAACGCUGGUUGCAGCCUUCGCGAGGAGACUAUUUCACAAUGCAACGCUUUUAAUCACCUUUACGCAAUCCUCACCAUUUUGAGUGCGCAUUUGUUUUAAACUUCAAUCUUCCCUCCGACACGUGGACAGCAUCAUGACCAGUUUGUGGGAUCGCAUCCCUUUGGAAUGGUGGGAAUUACGAGGCGAGCUGCUGGAGAGCAUGUAAACGCAAAUGGAGUUUGGGAUUUAUUGCAAAAUAUGGGAAAGAUGACCGUCUUGUCUUUGUGUUUUCUCGUGUGCGCUGAUCUACUGCAAGUAGCUGUCGGAUAUCUGACGGUAACGAUAGAGCCAUUGCUACCAGUUGUUGUGGGAGAUACAGUGACUCUAAAGUGCAACUUCAAGACAGAUGGAAGAUUGCGAGAGAUUGUUUGGUACAGGGUUACUGACGGAGGCACUAUUAAGCAGAAGAUUUUUACGUACGAUGCUAUGUUCAAUACGAAUUACUCCCAUAUGGAGGAUUACCGGAGACGGGAAGACCUGGUGUAUCAAUCAACAGUCCGGCUUCCAGAGGUCCGGAUCUCAGACAACGGACCUUAUGAAUGCCAUGUAGGAAUUUAUGACCGAGCGACACGGGAGAAGGUCGUCCUGGCAUCAGGGAACGUCUUGCUUACGGUCAUGUCUCCACCCAACAACAUCUCAGUUGUGGCAGAGAACACGCCAGCACCAUUCAGCCGCUACCAGGCCCAGAACCUUACUCUGGUCUGCAUUGCCAAAGGAGGCAAACCAGCUCCAUCGGUAUAUUUCAAGCGGGAUGGAGAGUUGAUAGAGGUGAUCUCCUAUGUUUCAUCCACCGUGGAUUACGAGGGCGGCGGCUCCGCUGGCGUGCGUGGAGCCAGACCUCUGAUCAGCAGGGAUCUGGACGACACUAAGCUGAGGAAGUCUCUAUCUCUGCUGGGUCCGGAUGGCAGGCCCGGACGCCUCUACACAGAGAGCCCUGGGCGGAGCUACAUGGCCAGACAGCCCGGUCAAGAGCCCAGCCCGGCCACAGAGACCAUCCCAGAGACAGUGGUCAGCCGAGAGUUCCCACGGUGGGUUCAGAGCACUGACCCCCUGUACUACUUCAGCAACAUGCAAAUCCCCCAGAGCGAUGGGUCUGUGCUGGUUCAGGCCAAGCUCACCUGGACUCUGAAUCCGCAGUUGGACAACGACGCCCUGUUUAGCUGCGAGGUCUCACACCCGGCUCUCUCCAUGCCUAUGCAGACUGAGGUCACACUGGUGGCUCCUAAAGGCCCCAAGCUUUUGAUAACCCCUGCCAGGGCAAAGGUAGGGGAUACGGUUCGUAUCACCGUCCAAGGUUUCCAGGUAGGAUCUCCAGUGAAUGAGGUGUUUCCUGAGCCUCUGUUCACCUGGACGCGGGUAGGCGACAGACUGCUGGACGGCAGUGCCGAGAGAGAUGGGAAGGAACUGGUGUUGGAGCGAGUGCCUGCAGAACUGAAUGGCUCCAUGUACCGCUGCACGGCCCAGAAUCCACUGGGCUCCACUGACACACACAUACGCCUCAUUGUUUUUGAAAACCCAAGUAUGUUGAAAAACACACAGAAUCCGAACAAUGGAGCUCCUGGUUUGCACAAGCUUGGACUGAUAUUCCUGCCACUUAUUUUCACAGUGACUGUUGAACUGACGUGAAUAUCCUCGAUUCAGCUGCACAUAAACACACCUCCUCUCCAGUCAGGCCCACACACACUCACACACACACACACACACGCACACAAGCCGUCUCCAGACCGUGACUAAACCUACCUUGCUUUCAUCUGUGGGAGAACCUGAACCCCCAACAGGGGGCGCACCACCCUUUUUUGUGAAAUCACACACGCACAAAAAGA